GCGGCGGCGGCGGCGGCGGCGGCGGCGGCGGCGGCAGCGGCGGCAGGAGGAUGGCAUCGGAACUGGCCAUGAGCAACUCCGACCUGCCCACCAGUCCCCUGGCCAUGGAAUAUGUUAAUGACUUCGAUCUGAUGAAGUUCGAAGUGAAAAAGGAACCGGUGGAGACCGACCGCAUCAUCAGCCAGUGCGGCCGUCUGAUCGCCGGGGGCUCGCUGUCGUCCACCCCCAUGAGCACGCCCUGCAGCUCGGUGCCCCCGUCCCCCAGCUUCUCGGCGCCCAGCCCGGGCUCGGGCAGCGAGCAGAAGGCGCACCUGGAAGACUACUACUGGAUGACCGGCUACCCGCAGCAGCUCAACCCCGAGGCGCUGGGCUUCAGCCCCGAGGACGCGGUCGAGGCACUCAUCAGCAACAGCCACCAGCUCCAGGGCGGCUUCGAUGGCUACGCGCGCGGGGCGCAGCAGCUGGCCGCGGCGGCCGGGCCGCACCACGCCGCCGGCGGCGGCCUGCACUUCGACGACCGCUUCUCCGACGAGCAGCUGGUGACCAUGUCGGUGCGCGAGCUGAACCGGCAGCUGCGCGGGGUCAGCAAGGAGGAGGUGAUCCGGCUGAAGCAGAAGAGGCGGACCCUGAAAAACCGCGGCUAUGCGCAGUCCUGCCGCUUCAAGAGGGUGCAGCAGAGACACGUCCUGGAGUCGGAGAAGAACCAGCUGCUGCAGCAGGUCGACCACCUCAAGCAGGAGAUCUCCAGGCUGGUGCGGGAGAGGGACGCGUACAAGGAGAAAUACGAGAAGCUGGUGAGCAGCGGCUUCCGAGAAAACGGCUCCAGCAGCGACAACCCGUCCUCUCCCGAGUUUUUCAUAACUGAGCCCACUGGCAAGCUGGGUACCCCUGGAAACACUACAUUUUCGAAGUCCCGGCCAUUCCUACUUACAGAUGUGUUCCCCAAAUGAAAUUUAUGUGAGAUCUGUACAUUAAAAAAUUAGUAUGAAUCAUUA